AUGGCAUGGGGCAUUACAAUUCACAAAUCACAGGGGUUGACACUAGACUUGGCCACAGCUGACAUCGACCAAACAGAGAAACAAGGCCUAACAUUCACAACCCUUUCAAGAGUAAAAGCAAUUGAACAUCUACGUAUACAACCAGACUUUAGCUACCAAAGGUACUCCCAAUUGAAAGGUGCAACAUCAACAAUACUUCGAAAGGCAGAGGAAGCUCGGUUGCAGGAGCUUUCACACAGCACAGAACAAGCAUACCUACAGAACAAACAGAAUCAGAGAGAGGAGGAGGUGGCCGGAGGCGGAGGUGGUGGUGGCGGGCCGGGUGGAGGUGGUGAACCUGGGUGGAGCAGCGCUAGCGGCGGCGGAGAUUUCCGGCCAGGCGGAGGUUACCGGCAGCGGUGGCCGGAGUUGUCAGGUGGUGCCGGAGGGCCGGCGGGGGCCACAGACGGUAGCCAGCGGCGGAGGCUGGAGGGGCCGACGGGGGCCAUGGGGGCUGCCAGCCGGGGCCGGAGAGCUCCGGGAAGGGGCCGGCAAGGGCUGGGGUGGUCAACGGCGGGGCCAACCUGA